AUGAUACUGGAGAAAUCAAACAAGACUGAUACAGAGCAAAUGAUUUUAUUAAUCAAUGAAGCACAGAAAUUUAUCGUUCAAGUUCGCCCAUCCACGAGUGCGAAUCAUAGUAUUGAUAUAACCGCUGUUGCCCAAACUGAUGAUGAUGAUCGACCUGAUCCACUUCGCGUACCUGAAAUUAUGAUCAUUAUCUGUGUGCUAUUAUUGUGGCUUGGCUCGAUCUUUGUCUUCAUUCGCCAUUCAGAAUUACUACGUAUUCGUCAUCGUGAUAUACCGUAUCGUCCAACUGCUAAACCACCAAUGAAUUUGAAUCAUAUUACUGUUGUUCAUCGUACAAGUGAUAUGGUGAUUCAUUCCAAACCACGAUUUUCUGCUGCCGGUGCCUUUAUCACACCAAUGUACGAUACAACGAUCGAUGAAUAUACAAAUUCAAACGCGGGAUCACCAUUAACUACGCAUUUAUUGCAAAAAGAACGACCGCGAGGUUCAACAAUCUCAACUUGUUCAAUAACAAAGUAUCCUUCUAAAGCCGAUCGGUUACUCAAUCCAUACAUGAUUCCAUCGAAUAUCCGACGAAGCCUGCUUGAUUUACAUCGCAAAAGCGUGGAGAACAUCGCUGCUGUUCGAUAUAGCAUAUGUUAUUCACCCGCUGAUGGAACACGACGUAACCAAAGCGAAGACGAUGAACAUGACUCGACAAAUGCACGAUGCAUACGCGAAUCACCUGUGUAG